AUGCAAUCCGUUUCAUCUGCUUCCAAGAUGAAACCAUUACAGCUCAGUUUAUCAACAUUAUUAAUUAACACCACUCCAAGCAUUACAUCAUCACCAUCACUCACUUCUACAUCACUAACAGCUACUUUGAAGUUUAUUAAAUGGGAAAGCAUUACUUUCAUUACACACAGACAACGGAGACAUCCACAACUUCUCAGAUGCUUGUUGAAACCAUUCACCAAACUCAUCAAAAACAUAUCAAAAAGUGCAGCUGCAAAACCGAAUGCUGUCAAAGUUGACGAGAAACCUAAAGAUGACAAACCAUUAACAAACAUAGAAGCUUUCAGGAAGCUUUACAGAGAGGCAAUCAUUGCUCAACAAAAUGAAUUGGUAUCACAACCACCAUCAAUCUCAGAAUUAUCACCAACAUCAGAAUCACCAACCUCAGAAUCACCAACAUCAGAAUCAUCAAUCUUAGCAUUAUCACCAACAUCAGCAUCACCAACAUCAGCAUCACCAAUCUCAGCAUCACCAACAUCAGAAUCAUCACCAAUCUCAGAAUCACCAUCUUUGCAGCAAGCGCCAGCUUCUCAACAUGCAUCAAUACAAUCGGCGGAAACUGAACAAUUGUCAUUGAGUGAUGAUCCAGCUGAGUAUGUCACCUACCAAACACCAAGUGGCGAGCAAAAUCUGAAAAUAAAGCAUUCCAACCCGUUAAUACGUUGUAUAAUAGGGGAACUAAUGAGUGUGCACACAUCUGUAACGAACAAGCAAGAGAAUUUAGUCAACAUGAUGACUACGUUGAAAACAACGCAUCUUCGUUUCAAGUUCAGGACAUUUCGCCAAUUUGCAUUUGAUUCAAUAAAGCUGGUCAGCGAAGUAAACAGAGAGAUAAAUGACAGCUUAACCCAAGCUGAUACUAUCGAAGAAAUAUUGGACAGCAUAGCAAUGUUGUGGCCACGUCAUAAUGAAGCUUUAAGUGUGCAUGAGACACACAUUAGUGAGAAACAAUUCAAUUCACAGCUAAAAGGGUUUUAUGAACAUCAUAAACGAAUACUCAAUGGACAUACCACAUAUGUAGAUGUGAUAGAUAUAACAAGUACGUCAGUCAUAUUACACAUCCGCUUGAAUCUCAUCCUUGACCGGCUUCGGUCAAAGAACGACGGAACAAUCGACAGAAAGAAACUAGAUACUGCUAUACAAGUACUUGGUACAUACGGGAGAAACGAGACUUUGGAAUAG